AUGCCGACCUUUUUGCCCCCCGACGUCCAGCCUGAGCCCGCGCCGUCCAAAACCCAGGAGAGCUUGACCAGACCACACGAGGGGAGAGAAGAAUACGAGGAAGUCUUGCGUUCCCUCAAACUGUCCGAGAAAAUCCACGUCAUGGGCUUCACAGGCGACGCCAAGUACAUAACACAUUGCCUCGCUGGUACCCCCGAUCUUCCUCCUCCUCAGAUCCUGGUACACCACCACGACGAGGUGAAUCAAUGGGGUGCCAGCAACCGCAAGCUGUCCGUGAGAAACAAAGAAGGACUUCAAAAGAAGCACGAAAUACUCAUGCCUCAAUAUGUCGGCAAGGCGCUCAAGGCAGGACCGAGCAGGGCGGAGCGGCCGAGGCUCAAGCACAUCGACAACCUGGUGCUAUGCACCAACGAGAAUGCCAUCUUGCCAACCCUUCUCAGCAUACGUGAUAGCAUCAACCAAGAUACCACGAUAUGUUUGGUCACGGAGGGGCUCGGCAUCGUGAGGCACCUGAACAAUGUCAUAUUUCAAGAUCCUUCCACACGGCCGACUUUUAUUCUCGGCCACUCGGGCUAUGCCCUGUCAAGGGAUCCCAUGCAGCACGACGAUGGAUAUGCCAUAGAGAUCCGGAACAGGGGCAGACUGUUCCUGUCAAAGGUUUCUGCACAGGCGCCAAGCGACGACAUGGAGAUCAACACGUGGGAUCGUGUUGUACGCCAGGCUCGCGCGCAGCACCUCGUCAAGCUGCUCGCCUCGUCGCCUGGUUUGAACGUAACCGCCCUUCCAGCAUCAAAGUUUCUACGGUAUAAGCUGCCGUCGAUGAUAUUCUCCGCUCUGGCAGACGCGACAUCGGUCGGACUUGGCUUCCACUACAACCGUCUUGCUACCGACCGAUACGCUCGUCGGCUCUGGGGAAACCUGUGGGCAGAGACGAUUGCAAUCGUCUCAGCUCUUCCCGAGGUGCAACGUGACGCUGCGGUCUUGGCCUACUUCCAGGGUCACAAUUUCAAGACCGAGGUGGAACGAUUUCUACUCGCACAAAGGGACACAAGUCCGUGGGUGUCCAUGGUGAGACACGGGCGAACCCUGCCAAUGCAAAGUCUCAAUGGCUGGUUUGUAGGCAUGGCCGAAGAGCUUGGGCUCAGCUCUGUGCAUCACAAAACCAUGAUAAACUUGGUCAAGGCCAAGAUAAAAGCUCGAAAUGAGGAGCUGAAAUCCGACAUUCCUCUUUAUCACUCGCCGUAUAUGUUGGAUAACGACUACGCCCGGAACCACGACGAGAAGGAACGGCCGCAUAUCCGCAAGGCUCGUCUCGAGCAGCUCAAGUCGCAGGGCGGGGCAGGCGCCGCCGGUGGUGCAGGCGGCCAGGGACAGAACCCCGAAGGACAGAAGCAACGCCCGUCGCGUCGGCGGAACGGCGCGCGCUGCAUGGCAAAGAAAACCGCGGAAGACCUUGGGGGGUUACUUGCUGACAGCCCACCUCGCGCCGCCAGGGCCGAAUCCGAGGCCAGAGCCCACAUCCUGAACCAGAUCCUCCACCCCGAGGCCGCCGACCGCCUGGGCCGCAUCAGGCUCGUCAAGGAGGACCGCGCGAACGACGUCGAGAACAGGCUGAUCAUGCUCGCGCGCAGCGGCCAGCUCAAGCAGAAGGUGACCGAGGAGCAGCUCAAGGAGCUGCUGGAGGCCGUCGCCGAGACCUCGAGGGAGAAGGAGAAGAUCGUGGUGGCGAGACGGAAGGAGUGGGACGACGAGGACGACGAUGACGAUUUCUUUGACUAG